ACCAACCGCCGAACAGGGCACCCGAUCCAAACCUCGAAGCUCCCCGGCGCCUGCAGGCGUGCAUUGCAUACGCCCUAUGCAAUAUCCCAUCGCUUGAUACGCGCAUACGAUAACGGCCUUCUGUCCCUUCCACCCGUCAUAUAGUCUCUCUGCCCUUGUCGCAGGGCCUAUGCCGAUCGAUAUCGACACAUCCUCACCCACCACGACUUCCAUCCGUCUUCAAAAUCCCCCGCUAUCUAGAAGUGGACUUUCAUUCCCGUCGUAAUAUUCCGAUAGGCCCCGGCCCGACACUGAGCGCAGCGCUGGGUGCAGCAGCGGCCGAGCCAUGGUGGACUUUAUACCCCCCAGCGGGCAACUUCCAGGGGCCACCAUGACCACUUUCAGAGUCACUGGAGCCAAUGGAGGACCAUCGUCCACUCCUACCGCCCCGAAACCGAAGAUGAAUGGUGGUGCGCCGCCAGCCGUGAACGGCGCGCCCCCGACUGGCCCCAAUGCGAUUCCCUUCAGCGCUCGCAAGGCCCCGGCAUUGGACCUGACCACCGUAGAGCGUAGAGGUCAAGGACCACCGCUCAACCUGCCGCCCAAAUCCAACCGCAUGUUCGGGCUCAAGGAGGCCCCUACGUAUAGGCCGACAACAGAAGAGUUCAAGGACCCUCUGGUAUAUAUACAGAAAAUCAGAGACGAAGCACAGCAGUACGGAAUCGUGAAGAUCGUCCCGCCUGAUACUUGGAAACCAGACUUUGCCAUUGAUACAGAGCGUUUUCACUUUCGCACCCGCCGGCAAGAAUUGAAUUCGGUCGAAGGAGGUACACGAACCAACUUGAACUAUCUGGACCAGCUAUCUAAAUUCCACAAACAACAUGGCAACAGUCUUACCCGCUUUCCCAGCGUAGACAAGCGCCCAUUAGAUCUAUUCAAGCUGAAGAAGGCCGUUGAAACUAGAGGUGGUUUUGUGCGUGUCUGCAAGCAAAAGAAAUGGGCCGAGAUUGGACGAGAUCUUGGCUACAGUGGCAAGAUCAUGUCCUCUCUAUCGACUUCUCUGAAGAACUCGUACCAGAAGUGGCUACACCCAUACGAAGAGUAUCUAAGGGUUGUCAAGCCGGGCGUGCAUCAAAUGCUGGAAUACGAGAAUGGUGGCCCCUUCACCCCAUCUCCUGCCGCUUCGCCGAUCAAGAAGUCUGCCCAAGGAACCCCAGCCGGUCAUACGGAUUCGCCCGCUAUGAGGGCAUCUGCUGCACUGAAUGCGUCUAUGGAGGCCGAACCUACGCCAACUCCUCCGCCAGAGCAAUCGCGACCUGCGGCGUCAUCUGGCUUCACGGCUGUCAAUGCGGGCGGGGGUUUUACUGCCGUCAAUGCGCAACCACCUCCUUCGGCAACUUCGACACCGGCCCCCAGCUCGUUCGCAGCCGUCAAUACUCCCAGCAGCAUCCACCACCACCAGAACGCGGCUGAUUCGCGCACGUCUACACCGCUUCGAAAUGGAGGCAGCCCUAUGCUGUCAGCCCACAACACCCCAGAUUUGAGGCCACCUGGAUCCAGUUUGACCAACGGGCAGGCAUUCAACAAUCUCAAGCGCACUUUAUCCCAGGAGUCUGAGGUUGCUGUCGAUGACGACCUGGAUGCGGCGAACGGCCGGCGCAGCAAGCGUCUAAAGAAAGAAGCCGCACCUACUGUAGCCGGGUCUCACAUGACCCAGCCUCGUCAAUCUACACCCGGACGACCUUCAGCCAAUGCGCGUAUGCGUGCUGCUGAUGAGCGCCCUGGAGAUCGGUGCGAGACUUGUGGUACAGAGGACGAUCCGUCCAACAUCUUGUUGUGCGAUAGCUGCGAUGCAGGCUACCAUGGCUACUGCCUGGAGCCACCUGUGAAGGGUAUUCCCGACUCUGACUGGCAUUGCCCCAAGUGCUUGGUCGGCACUGGAGAAUUUGGGUUUCAAGAAGGCAGCAUAUAUUCACUCAAACAGUUCCAGGAACGCGCAUUCAACUUCAAGCAAGCCCAUUUCGCCAACAAGAUGCCCUUUGACCCUGUUACGAACAAGGCUCGCCCGGUGUCAGAGGAUGAUGUCGAGCGUGAGUUUUGGAGGCUUGUAGAGGCAAUCACUGAGACGGUAGAAGUGGAAUACGGCGCAGAUGUGCACUCUACUACACAUGGAAGCGGGUUCCCGACUAUCGAACGAAACCCCCGAGACCCGUAUGCGACGGACCCUUGGAAUCUGAACAUUCUACCUUACCAUCCGGAGAGUCUGUUCCGCCAUAUCAAAUCUGACAUUUCCGGCAUGACGGUACCGUGGCUAUAUGUGGGUAUGGUCUUUUCCACUUUCUGUUGGCACAACGAAGAUCACUACACAUAUUCUGCCAACUACCAACACUUUGGCGCAACCAAGACGUGGUACGGCAUUCCCGCCGAAGAUGUCGAAAAGUUUGAACAAGCCAUGCGCGAUGCUGUACCGGAGCUUUUUGAGACGCAGCCCGAUCUACUGUUCCAGCUCGUGACUUUGUUGACCCCAGAACAACUUCAGAAGGCUGGCGUAAGGGUUUAUGCUUUGGACCAACGAGCUGGCGAGUUUGUGAUCACAUUCCCCCAGGCAUACCACGCUGGAUUCAAUCAUGGAUUCAAUUUCAAUGAAGCUGUCAACUUUGCACCAUUCGACUGGGAACCUUUCGGCGAGCUUGGCGUUCAACGUCUCCAGGAUUACCGACGGCAGGCUUGUUUCUCUCAUGACGAGCUUCUUCUCGCCGCGGCCGCGCGCAAGGAUACUACCAUCAAGACUGCCAAGUGGCUUGCUCCAGCUUUGGAACGAAUGCGUGAUAAGGAACUACAAAUUCGUGCAGAGUUUCUCGAUAAGCACAAGGCAGUUUCUGAUCAUGGAUGCACAAUUGACAGUACAGGCAAAGCAUGCGCAAUCGAGUUCGCGAUCGAUGAUACGGAUGUGCAUGAAGAUGAGCUCAUAUGUAGCUUUUGCAAGGCGUACGGCUACCUUUCACGUUUCUACUGCGCGAAUACUAAAAAGAUUAUUUGCUUACGCCAUGCGGGCUGGUUCGAUUGUUGCCCAGGCAGCUCUGCGGAUCAUAGAUAUUCUGGGGCCCGUGGAGAACACACACUAAUCUACCGGAUGUCAAACGAUACAUUGUCGACCACUGUCCAGAAGAUUGUUGAUAAAGCUGGAACGCCCGAAGCUUGGGAAACGAAACUCAAUGCCGUCCUUGAAGAUGGCCCAAAGCCCCAGCUAAAAACUCUGCGCUCGCUUUUGAAUGAGGGCGAAAAGAUCGAUUGGGAGCUGAGCGGUCUGGCGGACUUGAAGGAAUUCGUGGAAAAAUGCUCUGAAGUAGCAGAGGAAGCCAUGAGCUAUACAACUCGCAAACAGCAAGCACGACGCAAAGCCGAGCGUGGGGGAUGGCGGGGCAGAGGAGCCAACAAGACGCCUGCAGCUGCUGCGGAAGCAGAUGAAAAAGACAAGGAAUUUCGAAAACUCGAGAAUCUCUUGAACCUCUUGGCCACCGCUAACAACCUGGGCUUUGACAGUCCUGAAAUCGUCGCUCUUCGCGAGAGGUGCGAAAGCGUUACCGAGUUCCAGAGCCAAAUCCGCGCAGCACUUCGGGAUCGCACUACACAACAAAGUGUCAAUCGGCUUGACGAAAUCCUGGAGGAGGGGAGAGCAUUGAACGUGGACCUUCCGGAACUGGACUCACUCGAAAAAAUCGUGCAGCAAUUGAAGUGGGUCAAAUCUGCAGAAGAGUUCAGAUCGAAACAAUCUUCCCUACUGGAUGUUAUUGGGCUUAUCGAACAGAGUGUUGAACUGGGCAUGCCUGAUAGCCACCCUGAGCUUCACUAUCUACAGGAGCAGAGAAUCCUUGGCGAAGUUUGGGAGGCCAAAGCCAAAGAUCUGAUGUCCGUCGAAAAUGUGCAUUAUCAGCAGCUUGAUUCCCUCUCUAAACAGGCUUUACAUACACCUGUGACGCCAGCCACCCUUGCUGCUGUCGAUGCGAUUCUGAAGAAGCAGCGCGAUGCUCAAGAGCUUAUCAUGUCUCUAUAUGAGCGCAGCAAAGCUGAUAACCUCCGAGAUCGUCCAAAGUAUCUGGAAGUCAGGAACGCUAUGGAAGCCCUUAGCGCACUCAACAGCAAGCCCGCUGGGACGAUUGAUCUCGAGAAGGAACAAAAACGUCACGAAGACUGGAUGCGACGCGGCAAGAAAUUGUUCGGCAAAGCAAAUGCGCCCCUCCACAUUCUACACGCACACAUGAAGCAGGUCGAUGAACGAAACCGGUCUUGCUUCGACCUUACGGACCAGCCACGAAUGCCUGUCGAACCUUCCUCACGAGCGAAUUCCCCCGAGGAAGACGAGGAGAACAUCGACGGCUCUACUUCCAGUCGGGACGUCUUCUGUAUUUGUCGGAAGCCUGAAGCCGGGACAAUGAUAGAGUGCGAGCUUUGUCACGAAUGGUAUCACAGCAAGUGCUUGAAGAUUGCUCGAGGCAAAAUCAAGGAGGAUGAGAAAUUUGCCUGCCCCAUUUGUGACUAUCGGAUCAAGAUCCCACGAGAUGCCACCAGACCCAAGUUGGAAGAUUUGAUGAUCUGGCAAGACGAAAUCGCCGCGCUUCCGUUUCAACCGGAGGAGGAGGAAACUCUGGAAUCCAUCAUCGAUGACGGUGCGAAAUUCCGCAGCUAUGUUGAGCGAUACAUGAAUCCCAUGCUGUCUACCCCAGAAGAGCUCACUACACAGCGCUUCUACCUUCGCAAACUGGAAGGGGCGGAAAUCUUGCUGGCCAAGGAGAUUAAUUUCUUCCGGCAAGAGCUACACAAGUGGGCUCCGGUGGCUCCCAACCCUCCGCCGAUUCUCAACGUGUCGCUCUCAACACGCAAACCACGACCGACAAAACAACAGAAGCUCAUGACACAGCUUGGGAUCUCUGAUCCGGAGGAGUUGCCUUCUCAAUUCCGAUCCAAAACGCACCAGUUCAAACAACGCAAAUCACUUGAUGCUGGCAAACAGCAAAGUUUACAGCCUGCUCCCGAACCAUCACAUACACCACCUGGCGAACCACCUGGUGCUCGUAAGAACGGGUCCAACGAGCAGCAAGAUUACUUCAAUAAUUCGCCCACUUUUGCGAGCAAUGCACCGCUGAAUUUUGGUGGCAGCUCGUCGUCGAUGCCACAGCCGAUCCCAACCAUUGACCCGGGGCUUUUCGAAAGCCAAGGCCCUACCAGUCCUUUGCAAGAUGUGUUCAGGAGCUCGGGAAGUCAAGAAAUGUUCAGUGAGGUGCUCGAAAGCGGUGGAGGACAAGCUGAAGAAGCUUUGGCGGCAACCGAAGGCAACAGUUACGUGGACUAG